ACAGAAAGAAGCAUACAAGGAAAAAAAAACACAUAAACAAAUGACUUCAGUGACCACUUUAGCCCUAACACUAGUUCUGAUAUUCCACCUCACGCCGGAAAUAACCGAAGCUCGCCAUCUCAAUGAUCAGAAGCCUUCAGAUGAAAUGAAAUACCUCUUUCCACCUGGGUUGCCCUUCACCGGCGUUCCUCCGUUACCGUCACUUUUUCCUCCUUUCCCUGGAAACGUUCCACGUUUUCCGUUUCCAUUACCGUCACAGUCAUCACCUCCGGCACCACUUGGUCCACUUCCCGGUUUUCCUGGCGUUGCCUUUCCUCCCCUGCCAUUCCCGACGCCGCCACCUGAGUGAUUCUAUAGGUUAACGCUGCCGCUAUUAUGAUAAUUAUCCCGUUGGAAUAAACUAUGUACGUGUAACGUACAUGGUACUAUGGAUCAUAAUCAUGUGUACUCGAUGAUAUAAAAAUAUUAGUGUUUUAUGAAAGUUAUUAGUGUAACACAAUGUUGAUCUAUAUAAUAAAUAAAUAAUUCGACU